AUGACCACGGACAUCCAGAAUCUCAAGUCCUUCGAUCCGUUCGCGGAGGCCGACGACUCUGGAGGGCAGACACAAACUAGCCAACAGAAUUACAUUCACAUUCGCGUUCAGCAGCGCAAUGGUCGCAAAACCCUGACAACGGUCCAAGGCCUACCUAAGAAAUUCGACCAGAAGAAGAUUCUCAAAGUCAUCAAGAAAAAGUUCGCUUGCAAUGGCACCGUCGUCGCCGACUCGGAGAUGGGCGAGGUGAUCCAGCUCCAGGGCGACCAGCGCAAAGAUGUUCAAGACUUCUUGACCGACAAGAAGGAGGGCCUGGGCCUUGAUGGCAAGACCAUCAAGGUUCACGGUUUCUAA